CCCGGGAGGGAGUGCCACACUGCCACUAUGAGGGCCGCGACCGGCAAGAUGCCGGCAAGCUCGCAGCUCGGUCCGCGGCCGCCGCCUGUCAUCCCGCCGGAGAAAGGGGCCUCACAAGACGGGGAUCCUGCAAUCUGGAGCAGGGGAAGCUAGCUCCUCCACGCGCCCGUGUCCGAGGCCGCCGUGCUCCCGAGCGCCCCGCCUCCACGGGGAUCAAGCGAGAGAAAUCGUCCGGCUUCGGUCGGCCGCUCGGUGGAAGGCGGCGACCCCGUCGGCUCCGCGAGCGCCGAUCGGGCUGGCCACCACGGUGUCAAAAGCAGUCCACGUAGGACCAUUGCGUUAACGCGCCCGGCACUGACCGCUCCAUUUUCGUCAAUUUUUUCCCCGGAAAAAUACACUCCGUUCCCCUUCCUCCCGUGUCGCGACACUCGCACUGGGUGGGGGGUGUCGGUAUCUCUCUUUCCCUCCCUCUCCUUGCGUUCUCCGUCUGCCUCUCGCUCCUCCGCCCAAGAAACCAGCCGCUAUUCUCGUCUCCAUCAGAGAGAUCGUCCCCUCCUCCACACGGCCACCGGACGACAUCUCUUCCCCAGCGGAUGCCCGGCCGGACAUCUGAUCGCAUACUGCCGUCACGCGGAAAACCAUCGCGCCCGCGGCCUAUCUCCGCCGCGCGUCGGGGGCGGCAUCCGGCAUCCAUCGUCGUCUAAGGGACGGACGACGCAGCAUUCACGUCCAGCCAUUGCCGCCUCCGUUGAAUGCGCUGCCACCCGACGCCUAAUCUCCUCGCUGAUGCAUCCGACGCUGUCGCUGACCCUCUGAACGCUUUUGUUUGCCCGCAAGGUCGAAAGGAUUGGAAAUCGUUCCCAACUUGGAUUUGGUAAUGUUAUAAAGUUGUGGAUGAAAAGAGCUGAAAAUAGGAUGUUGACUUGUAACUGUUUAGAUGACACCAGAUGAAAAUGUGCGGCUAUAGGCAUAAAUACGAUACUUCAUUUCACUUUAUUAUUAAUUGCAUAUGUGUCAAAACUUCUGUGAUACUACAUUUAUGUUUCAUUUUUCUGAAGGCCCUUAUUACUCUAAAGAAAGGUAGCAAGCUUAUCAAGUAUAGCCGGAAAGGGAAACCCAAGAUCCGUACUUUCAGACUUUCUAGUGACGAAACAACAUUAAUUUGGUACUCUCACAAAAGGGAGAAGUUUCUCCGACUCUCUUCUGUCUCUAAAGUUAUUCCUGGACAGAGAACUGCUGUUUUUAGGAGGUUUUUACGCCCUGAGAAAGACUAUCUGUCAUUUUCCCUCAUAUACAAGAACGGGCAACGUUCCCUUGAUCUGGUUUGCAAGGAUCAAGCUGAAGUUGAAGUGUGGUUUUCAUCACUCGAGGGGUUAAUAAGUUCAUGCCGUAAAAGUUCUGUUGAUGAGCACAAGGAUAGAGUAUCGUUUUCCGAUGAAGUAUCAUAUUAUCAGGAUAGUCAUUCAUAUGAUUCAACACUAGAUAUUGCUUCAAGUAUUUCGCGUAGUUUUCACACUGCUGGUUACUGCAAAACCGAUUCUUUUAGCUUAAGAAGAUCAGAUGCUGGAUCUGAUCGUGCAAAUAUGAUAAGGACAAGCGGUGCAGAUAGUACUCGACUUAGUAUUUCCAGUGCCCCUAGUUCUUCCAGUCAGGGUUCAGGAACAGAUGACAUAGAGUCCCUUGGUGAUGUUUAUGUAUGGGGCGAAGUAUGGACUGAUGUGGCCCCUUCAGAUGGAAACACAAGCUCAUCAUGCUCAAAAGUAGAUGUUUUGAUUCCCAAACCUUUAGAAUCAGAUGUUGUCUUAGAUGUUAAUCAGAUAGUAUGUGGUUCAAGGCAUGUUGCUCUUACUACCAGACAAGGGGAGGUGUUUACAUGGGGUGAGGAAGUUGGUGGGCGCCUUGGUCAUGGAACUGAUGCAGAUAUAAGUCGUCCCAAGCUUGUUGAGUCAAUAUCUGUGACCAUAGUUGAUUUUAUUUCAUGUGGAGAAUUCCAUACCUGUGCUAUAUCUGCUUCCGGUGAUUUGUUUAAUUGGGGGGAUGGUUCAUACCAUGCUGGAUUGCUUGGAUAUGACACUGGAGCUAGCCAUUGGCUUCCAAAACGUGUCUCGGGGCCCUUAGAGGGGCUUCAAGUAUUAUCUGUUGCAUGUGGCUCGUGGCAUUCAGCUCUGAUCACAUCGAGUGGAAAACUUCACACAUUUGGUGAUGGAACAUUUGGAGUUCUUGGGCAUGGAAACCGUGAAAGUGUUGCAUACCCAAAAGAAGUAGAAGCCUUGAAUGGAUUUAAAACGGUCAAAGUUGCAUGUGGAGUCUGGCAUUCUGCAGCAAUCGUGGAGGCUACUGUUCAGACAGGCAUGAAUGUGGUGUCUAAGAAGCUGUAUACCUGGGGUGACGGGGAUAAGAAUCGUCUUGGACAUGGUGACAAAGAAGCUCGGCUGAUUCCUACCUGUGUUCAAGCUCUUCUUGAGCACAAUUUUCAUCAGCUGGCCUGUGGACAAAACAUGACUGUUGCCCUUGCUACAUCUGGUCAUGUGUAUACCAUGGGUAGUGCUGACAAUGGUCAGCUCGGAAAUCCAAAAUCUGAUGGUAAACAGCCUUGUUUAGUCAAAGAUAAACUAGGUAAUGAGUUGGUUGAGGAGAUCUCGUGUGGAGCUUUCCAUGUUGCAGUUCUAACGUCAAGAAGUGAAGUAUACACAUGGGGCAUGGGGGCCAAUGGAAGACUUGGUCAUGGUGAUGUCAAUGACAAAAAGACACCAACCAUCGUUGAAGCACUUAAAGAUCGGCAUGUCAAAAGUAUAUCAUGUGGUUCAAACUUCACAACAUGUAUUUGCAUACAUAAGUGGGUGUCAGGUGCAGAUCAGUCAGUUUGCACAGGUUGUAGGCAAGCAUUUGGUUUCACAAGAAAGCGACAUAAUUGCUACAACUGUGGGCUAGUACACUGUCAUGCUUGUAGUUCAAGAAAAGUGCUCAAGGCUGCUCUGGCACCAACUCCUGGCAAGCCACAUCGUGUAUGCGAUUCAUGUUUCCUCAAACUGAAGAAUGCAGAUACCAACAGCAACAAUGUCAGCAAAAGAAAUGCUCCUACUCGUCGCUCUAUUGAUAGCAGAGAAAAGCCAGAAAUAAGGCCUUCCAAGCUUGUAGCAACACCGUCAGCGGAACCAGUCAAGUAUAUGGAGGUAAAAUCAGCUAAGAGUGAUGCGAAAGCUGCAGAGUCGAUCAUGAAGGCAUCUCAAGCUUCGGCUAUGCUACAGCUUGGCUUUGCUGCCCAAUUUGGUGCGCUUCAACCCAUGGGAAUGUCACCAGCGCUAGCUAUGUCGCCUGCAAUGCCAGCAUUUUCUUUAGCACCUCCAUCUCCAUCUCCAUACACAAAGAAAACAAAAUCACCUCCUGCUGCUGCUAUUCCGCAGAGCUCUAAAGUUGAUUUUGAUCACUUGCAGAAGUCAAAUGAGUUGCUGAAUCAAGAACUUCUGAAGUUGCAAUCUCAGGUUGAUGAUUUGAAACAAAAGUGUGAAGCCCAACAUGAGCAGCUUCAGAAAUCAGAUAAAAAAGCUAAAUCAGUUGCCUCUAUGGUUGCUGAAGAAUCCACCAAACGUAACGCUGCCGUGGAGUUUGUUAAAUUUCUAGACAAUGAGCUCAAGGGUAUUGUGGAUAAACUGCCCAGUGAUGCUGUCGACAGCAUAAAAGCUUUGCAAGUUCAGACGCAUUCACUCCUGAAGGAACAAUCAAGCCAUCCGUCAGAGAUCGUGAAUACAAUGGAACGUGAUCAUCUUCACCUGUCUAGUGGCGGAAGCGCAAGAUAUGAUUUGGCCAGUCAUAAGUCAGGAGGUGUAGGUUACUUGACAAUGUCCCAGGAUGGCAGACCUGCUAGUGGCUCUGCCAUUUCCAUCACUAGUGAUUCCCCAUCCCAUCGCUUCAUGGAAAACAGCGCAAAGGCCCACGGUGAUUUUGCCCCGAAGCAUGGUACCCACGGAGAAGUGCAACUAAUUGAGCAGUUUGAACCUGGCGUCUAUGUGACACUUAUCCAGCUGAAAGAUGGCACCAAAGUAUUCAAGCGGGUCCGAUUCAGCAAGAGGAGAUUCGCGGAGAAUCAGGCUGAAGAGUGGUGGAGGGAAAACCAAGAACGGGUCUUCAGGAAAUACAGCCACCCAACUCAAUCAGCUCAUGGAAACACGACCUCUUCUCAUGAGGAUGAACAUCAUCCAUGACCUCCAUCCAAAUCAGGUCCACAAGGUCGUCGAAUAUACGUCACAUGAGAAGACACAGCAGAGUAGAGUUUUUACAGGAAAUAUCUGCUCUGCACUCAGGAGAUAUGCUUGGAGGGCCUCUUCUAGGAGCUUUUAUUAUGUGGAGUAGGAUAAAGACAUGAUUUGUCGUUGUUAUUUUGUUCUUUAUUCUCCUGUACCUUGUAGAUUAGUAAUUCUCUAUCUCGUCCUUUUUUACCCUGUUCAAACUCCCUUCUGACCUAGAUACUCAUGUUCAAAGCCACAUGAGCUGACCACUCACCUGGUUUGCUUGCUCUAGGCAGUUACUCUUGUUGAUUUGGCCGGACCGGCUGUUGAUGUUUUGAAUCCUUUUGGUUCA